CUGAAGAAACUACCAAUGGCAGGUCGUCUCCUUCGCUUGGCCUCGGAUGGAUGAUGCGGAUGAAACGAUUCAGCCGCCUGCGACCGCCAGCACUGCUCAGCGAGCUGAGCAUCACUUCUCCUCGCUGACGCUCGACCAAGGUGAACCCUUCCAUCACCUGGAAUGGCGUAUUCGUUGAGCCUAACUACUCCAGGGGUCUUCAAGUGGGGCUCCAGUCCCUGUUCCCACACUCCGCCAGGAAAAUUCGGAAUGCGAGUUACCAGGCUCCCCUCUUCUUCCUUCAGAGUUCGAGCCGUCCAAGACGACGAAACGCCUCGCAGGCUAAUCGACAUCAUUAGAAUUGUCCCUGAGAUCUCGAGGAAUUACUUCCGCAGCCGCCCUCGGAGAGCGCUCUUUGGUGGGAUCUCUCUUCUAGGGGGCUUUUACGUCGCGCAAACAAUCUCCUUGUCGUUCGGAGCAUUGGGGGUGAACGAUGUCAUUGCCGCCGUGCUUUGUGUUCUCUUGACGGAGUACGUCACCAGGUUUUACUACACCCGGCCGAAGGUUACUUUCCCCGUCGCUCUCCUCAAUAAUUUCAAGAUGGGUUUCACCUACGGACUCUUCAUUGAUGCCUUCAAGCUCGCUAGUUAGCGCGACGAAUUCAGAGGAAAGGUGUAGAUGUCAGAUGGCAGCAUAUUACCUAUGUACAUGUUACAGUGUAUGAGAGUACAAUCCUGGCUUGUAUCCUAUCUUGCUUCCUUUACUAGCCACAUUAAAGCCUUGUUGAUUUAUACAAUUUUGCUCUGCUUCUAUUAGAUUAUCCUGACUGCUACUUGUUGAUAUGGACAUGCAACUUGCAUUGAUCUGGUUUUAACUCAGUGCAAUCUAUUUCACAGAUGAGGCUUUUUCCCCCA